GACGUCAUAUUAAUUCACCUCUUGGAAGAUUUUUGCUUUAGCGUCCGGCUCAGUCUUCUAAGAUUUUUAGUGCUUUUUCGGCUUAAAAUUGUACAUUUUCUGUGAAUAUUUAAUAAGUAUGUUAAAGUGCAGUGAUUAAACUUUCGUAUUUAACUAGAAUUCAUAAAGUCAGAAGAAAUUUAAAUGUGUAAAAUUAGUUCAUAAAAUUGCAUCACGAAAUUGAGGUUAGAUCUCGUGGCUUCCCUGUGGAGGCUUCCCGGAAAAUAUGAAUUUAAAUCAAUCCCAGAGCACAAUGGAUGAUUCUUUUGUCCUCUCGCGAAAGGGAUUAAUCAGAAAGAAAGACAGCGGUCGGUAUGAUGAGUCAUUUUCGUCGAAUUACGAUGGAAAUCUAUCAAUUAGCCUGGCCAACAAUGAGAUCCGGAAGUUGCUGGAGGACGAGAAGGGACGUGAGGGACAGAUAAAGGAUGUGAAGCAGUAUAUUGGACGAAUUUUUGAGGGUUUGGAUGUGGAGAGGCCAGAUUCCCUGGCUGUAAAUCCACAAGCAAAAUCCGAACAGCUCUAUACGCAAUUCCUGGAGGUUCUUCAUGGACGAACCAAUGAUGCUGAACUCUUUGAGACUAUCCAGGAUCUCAUACAGACGUGCACAGACACCCUCGACGAGAUGCUGUUGCAGUCCAAGAGAGUUUUUAGUCGCGCUGGGAUGUCGGAGGAAUUUCAGGGAUUGCAGAUGGAGAGGAAUGUCUGGAGGCUGAUCUAUUCCCUCUAUCGUGAUCGUGUGGUUGUGCAGAAGGAGGCCAUGGACUGUGACGAUAUUCCGCUCGGAGGGAGCGAGAAGACAAUCGUUGAACAUUUGUACGCCAGCAAUUCCAAUCUCAGGGAGUACCAGCUAAUUGUGGAUUGGCUGGAAUUGUGCUGCUUGGAGCAGUCAUCCAUCCAAGUGGGACACUUUACGGAUCACACUGUCGCAUGGGAGAAUACCCUGCAUCAGCUUCAGAAUGCUUCUCAGAAUGACAAUUUUACUGCCAUUAAGAGCAAACGCGAUAUCGUGGAGAGUUUAGAUCCGGAUGCUCCGAUUCGGGAGAAGAAGCCCCUCCAUGACUUUGACAUGGAGGAUCAGCAGCGUUUGAUGCGCGAUGUAUUCCUGAAGAUUCGUCAGGGACGCAUCGAGGAGGCACAGUCGCUAUGUGAACACUGCGGUCAGCCAUGGCAGGCGGCAAUUCUGGAGGGUUGGCGCCUGCACCAUGAUCCCAAUUAUGAGGUUUUGGGUGGAACCACGGAAAAGGUGCAGAUUGAGGGUAAUCCACGAAGGGAUGCGUGGAAGAAGUUUGCCUGGAGGAUGGCAGAUAGUCGUCUUGGGGAUGAGUAUACAAGGGCGAUUGUUGGGGUAUUUUCUGGGCAUCUUGAGAGUCUUCUAUCACUGCCGGAUCAAUCGUGGAUGGAUAUCAUUUGGAGCUAUCUCAAGGUUCAAAUUGACAUCAGGGUAGAGAGUGAGAUCAGAGAUUGUAGCCUGAAGAGUUACAUUGCCAUGCCGGAACCGUACUGGAAGGGGAAGAUUUCCCUUGAGCAGAUCUUUGAGAAUAUUUCUGCGAAUCGAAGCGAAAGGGUGAGACGAGAGGCAGAAGGAUACAUGAAUACCGUGGUGAAGUACAUCAUACUGGACAAUGUGGCUGAAUUGAUGGGAGAGAUCAGCAAUUGGUUGUCCAGGGAGAAGCUAAAUGGGCAGAUGUUGCGUUUUUUGGCCCAUUUGGUGCUGUUUAUGCGGCAAAUUGGUCGUUCGCAUCGAGAAGAUGUGGCUGAUCGUGUGGUUCGAGCUUACGUUGAAUGGCUCUUUUCCACUCAAGAUCCUCGUCUUGUGGCAUUCUACACGGCUACACUGCCCAGUGAUAUGCAAGUGAUGCUGUUCUCUAAAUUCCUAAAACGCAUCCGGGAUUCGACGGAACGUCAGAAGUGCCUGGAGGAAGCCAUGAAAGCGGGACUCGAUGUCGAAGUAAUCGCAACAACAACUGUCCGGCAAAUUCUACAGCAAAGUGAUCACCCAGGAACAGUUCAGGCUGAACUGGAAGAAGAUGCAGUUAAAAUCUCAUCCCUGGAAUGGUUGACAUUCUAUCCGCAGCACAGAGCUAAAUUGCUGUGGCAGGGAAAUUGUCUGAUUCGUUCCCUAAUUGCUGCCCGAAAGAUUGAAAGUGUUCGUCAGGCUAUUGAGUCCAUUCCCAGUGAUUCCCUGGACAUCCUAGUGCAGCAGUUUGGGUCCAAAGAGGACAUUCCGUGGCGAGAGGAAUGUGCCAUGAAGGAAUAUCUGUGCCAUCAGACUUACCUGGCGGCAAUUGAUGGGUUCAAUGCUUGGACACACUUGUAUCACAGCCGGCCGAAGGAACCGCAAGAGACCAAGGCCAGUUCCAAUUUCACAGAACGCGUAGCUCAGCAGGAGAGAGAGAAGGCGUACAAUGCAGAACUUUCACAGUGGAAGGAGGCUCUUGAGGAACAAACAAGAGAAACCAGAGAUUUGCUGUACAAUAUCCUCCUGUUUCCUGACCACGGAUGGCUCGUAGAUCCCGAAUGUAUGGAUUCCGUGGAGAUUCCCGAUAAGGAAGACUGGGAUUUGCGUGCUGUUCAAAUGGAUGCCCUGAGACGCCUGUGUAUCCCGGAAAUUGUUCUGCUGCUGCAUAAAGUCCUUCAUUUGAGUGGGGAGUACAGGGAUUGCAUCCGUCUGGUGGAUGAAUUGGCGUCGGAGCAGCGUCAGCUCUAUGAACUCUUUUCCCAGCACAAAUUGGCCGAGGUACUGACGAAGGUGGCAGAGUCCUCAUUGGCGCUCAUGAAUGACAAAUGUGACCCUUGGGGCUACUCCACGGUGUAAUUUUUCAAUGAGAUAAAAAGAGAAAAUAGAUUUGGUAAUUUUUGAAGAAAAA